AUGGGUAAAGUCCACGGCUCGCUCGCUCGUGCGGGUAAAUUUUCCGCAGUUUCGGCCGCCGCAUACCGCACGGGGACGAAGGAAGACUCCAAGAAGGAUGACUACCGUAUAUGGCGAUAUGAGGGAACAAACGUGAAUGCGGUUGAGCCACAAGAGAAGAAGAAGACCCCAAAGGGCCGUGCUAAGAAGCGCCUCCAAUACACCCGACGAUUCGUCAACGUCACAAUGACCGGUGGAAAGCGAAAGAUGAACCCCAACCCAGGUGCCGCAUAA